AUUAAAACACGUUUAUCAAUUUGAUUACCUAUUUAUGAUAGGAUAUAUAAGAUAGAAGUUUGUAAUCCAUUCUUGAUAUGCCAACAUUGUUCGGUUUUGUCUUAUGCAACUUUUAUGAAAAUAAAAGAAUUGUGAAUUUGCUUAGUUUCUAUUUAUUUUCUCGAAUAUCGCGCUUAAAAUAAUUUCGAACCCUUUUAAUCAGAUGAAAUUUGCAUGAUGCCGAUUUCUACUGAAGAAAAACAAUAUUUGGAUCAAAUCCGUAAAAUCAUCGAUGAAGGCAUCGAGAAAACAGAUCGAACUGGUGUUGGUACCAAAUCAUUAAUUGGAUGCCAGAUGCGAUAUACUUUGAGCGACAAUAAGUUCCCUCUACUGACCACUAAACGAUUAUUUUGGAAAGAUAUUGUGGAAGAAUUACUAUGGUUUAUAAAAGGAUGCACUAAUUCCAAUUUCAAAGAAUUACCGAGCAUAGGAGUAAAUAUGUGGAACCCAAAUAGUACCAGAGAGUACUUGGAUUCCUUAGCAUUGACUGAUAAAGAAGAAGGUGAUCUCGCUCUUGCUUACGGAUUUCAAUGGAGACAUUUCGGUACCAAAUAUAAAGAUAUGCACAUAGACUACACAUACAACCAAGGAAUAGAUCAAUUGCAAAACGUCAUAGAUACCUUGAAAAAGAAUUCCAGCAAUAGGAAAAUGAUCUUAUGUACUUGGAAUCCUUUAAAUUUACCUAAAGUGGCCUUACCUCCUAGUCUAUGCUUGAUACAAUUCUACGCUGUGAAUGGUGAAUUAUCAUGUCAAAUGUAUCAACGUUCCGCUGAUAUGGGCCUAGGUGCACCUUUUGAUAUCGCUUGUUGCUCCUUGCUCACUUGUAUGAUCGCCCAUGUUACUAAUCAUAAGCCGAAGGAGUUUAUUCAUACAAUAGGUGAGAGUCACGUGUACCUUGAUCGCAUCGAACCAUUGAAAUUUCAAUUAGAAAGAGAAAUGCGAACUUUUCCAACUCUUUCCAUAGCUCGAGAAGUAAAUUCGAUUUCAGAUUUCAGAUUUGAAGAUUUUGUAUUAGAUGGAUAUAAUCCUCACAAAAAUUGAUUUGGAAAAGCCUACAUUAUAAUUUUUUUCAGCGAUGAUAA